AUGAGGACCCGGACAGCCCACAGGUCAGGACUGCCGGGCAUCGGGCCUCGCCACUGCGGACAGGACAGUGAUGGGGAUGAGGACUCGGGCUCCAUGCUGGCGACGGGACUGCAGCACGCGCCCUACAUUCCCGGUCGGGGACUGGGCAGACACAAGAGUGGUGCCCUCUCCUGGCGCGGGGUCGUGGCCGCGCGCCGCCGUCGGGCGGGCCUGACCUGUCCCAAGGUGCGCCGGGUUGCCCCGGUCACCAUCGGCUCUGCUCUCCAUUCCUAUCCCCGCCACAAGCUGCCAGGCCACACCCUGAUAGUCCACAAGCUGCCAGGUCACAAGCUGCCAGGUCACACCCUGAUAGUCCACACCCUGCCAGUCGACACCCUGCCAGGCCAGAAGCUGCCAGGUCACACCCUGCCAGUCCACACCCUGCCAGUACACACCCUGCCAGUACACACCCUGCCAGUACACACCCUGCCAGUCCACACCCUGCCAGUCCACACCCUGCCAGGCUACAAGCUGCCUGUCCACACCCUGCCAGUCCACACCCUGCCAGGCCACACCCUGCCAGGCUACAAGCUGCUAGGCCACACCCUGCCAGUCCACACCCUGCCAGGCUACAAGCUGCCAGUCCACACCCUGCCAGUCCACACCCUGCCAGGCUACAAGCUGCCAGUCCACACCCUGCCAGUCCACACCCUGCCAGGCCACAAGCUGCCAGUCCACACCCUGCCAGGCCACAAGCUGCCUGUCCACACCCUGCCAGUCCACACCCUGCCAGGCCACACCCUGCCAGGCUACAAGCUGCUAGGCCACACCCUGCCAGUCCACACCCUGCCAGGCUACAAGCUGCCAGUCCACACCCUGCCAGGCUACAAGCUGCCUGUCCACACCCUGCCAGGCUACAAGCUGCCUGUCCACACCCUGCCAGGCCACAAGCUGCCAGUCCACACCCUGCCAGGCCACAAGCUGCCAGUCCACAAGCUGCCAGGUCACAUCCUGCCAGUCCACAAGCUGCUAGGCCACAAACUGCCAGUCCACAAGCUGCCAGUCGCUUAUGCACCUCGCGAAAUUCAGAACCCUAACGUGGAGUGA